AUGUCCACCACCAAGUCAACGCUCGCUACACCUUCAAGUGAUCUCCAAGACUAUUACGACCAUAUUCCACCCACGUACAGAAUAUCAGAGACUACAACACCCAAAAUCAACAAAAUAUUCCUUUACAAGACCGUAUUUCGUGGACAGGAGAGGGGAGUAUGCAGGGCAUGUGGAGGAGAAGAGUCGAGAUGGGAAGAGGAAGUAAUGGGUCCUCGGCGCACUCUCAACGCUCGUAAUUGCUAUCGUACUCGCUAUAAUCCUCGGUGUAGUUCUUUCCCGUGGGUCCUCUUUUUCCUCCUCCUCCUCAAGCUCAUCGUCAUCUGGAAACGACACGAUUUCCGGAGACCCGAAGUUUUUGGGAUAGCGUAUACACUUGAGGGGACAUUGUAUCCGGAUAUUGUGGGGCAAAGCUAUCUGCUCUCCCAACUAACCACCCGAAUCCGAGUAUAUGGAGCUGAUUGUAACACAACCGCACUUGUGCUCUCUGCUAUCGAAUUAACCAAAACCAAUCUGACCGUGUACAUUGCCAACUUCCCCGAGGCAAACGAUAACGGCGAAUCCUACGACCUUCAAAAGACUACGAUUCAGAGUCCUAUCCAGACGUAUGGGACGAGUCAUAUCGCGGGUGUUACGGUGGGGAAUGAGUUUAUAUUGGAUUAUCUUGACGACAACGGCGGAACAGACCCCAACAGCGCCAUUUGUGACGCUGGUGCGGAGCUUUUUCUUGGGUUCAUCAACGACACAAAGACUAUGCUCUCUGACCUAAAUGUCGAUCUCAAAAUCGGAAACGCAGAUGCUGGGUCAGUGUUUGAUUAUGGGAUGGCCAACGUCCACCCACGGUUUGCAAACCAAAGCAUCAACGACCCAGCUGGAUGGACAUGGAGUUUCUUCGAAGGUACCGGGCGCAGACUUUGGCGAAUCAGCCGGAUAUGUCGAUUGCGGAAACGGGGUGGCCGACGAACUCGACAAAUGUGGGUGGGCCUUCAGUGGCAUCUCCAGAUCUUCAACACCUUCAUCUGCCAAGCAAACGCCAAUGGGACCGAAUAUUUCUUCUUCGACAACAAGCUGUGA